AUGGUUUUCGUACCGCCGAGCUGGGUGCCAAAGCUGGCCUUCGGUAAGUGGGAAAGGACCCUUGAAGCCGGGACUCCCUCUAACGACCUGCCAGACCCUCCAGACAGCAUCCCGAUAGCAGAGUUUAUAACCACGGACAAAUAUGCACGCUACCCGCUCGCCAAAAGCAAGAACCCGUUCACCUGCGGCCUGACAGGAAAGACAUUUGAUUGGAAAACGUUCAUUGAGCGCCAGGACUUUCUGGCCCGAGCAAUCGGGAAGCGGCUUGGGUGGCUGCCGAACGAAGAGACUGAAUGGGACAAAGUGGCUUGUAUAUUCUCGGUUAAUACGAUUGAUUACUUAACAAUAUCAUGGGCAAUACACCGACUCAAUGGAAUCGUCACCCCGGCAAACGCAGCCUACUCGACCCCCGAAUUGACCCAUCAACUCAAGUCCUCCGGCGCGAAGGCCCUUUUUGUCGGUGGACCUCAGCUGCAGAUUGGCCUUGAGGCGGCUAAGGCGGCUGGCAUUCCGAAGGAUAAGAUAUGGCUGAUGGGCAUGGCGGGCUUCGAGAAGGCAGACGGCUUUGUGACGGUGGAGGACCUCAUCGCAGAAGGCGCCAAACUGUCCCCACUCGACGCGCUGCAGUGGACGAAGGGCCAAGGAGAACGGCAGCCGGCAUUCCUGUCUUACUCCAGCGGGACGUCGGGGCUGCCAAAAGCUGUCAUGGUGUCACAUCGAAACGUUAUUGCGAACGCAAUGCAGCACGUGGCCUACGAGUCCGUCUCCAGAAAGAAGCUCGGGAUCUCCACCCAGACGGUUCUUGGGCUUCUGCCGAUGAGCCACAUUUACGCCCUGGUCGUUAUCGCACAUAAUUGCAUCUACAGAGGGGACGAAGUUGUUGUAUUGCCCAAAUUCGAGAUGCCGACGUAUCUAUCGGCCAUUGAGAGAUUCAAGAUCAACCAUCUUUUCUUAGUACCGCCAAUAGUGAUACGCAUGACCAGGGUACCGGAAGAGUGUAAGAAGUACAACCUUGACAGUGUCAGGGUCGUCUUCUCCGGUGCGGCGCCAUUAGGAGAAGAGACAGUUCAAGACAUGAACAAGAUCUGGCCGAAAUGGCGCGUGGCUCAAGGUUACGGUAUGACUGAAACCGCGACUAUUGUGACAUCGAACAGUGAAGACGAUAUUCUGAACAAGUCAUCCGGCUCCCUCCUCCCAGCGACAAGAGCCAAGAUCUUUGGCCUAGACGGCACGGAAGUCAAGGGCUACGACACACCUGGCGAGCUCUGGGUACAGUCUCCGUCAGCGACCAUUGGCUACCUGAACAACCAGAAAGCGACAACUGAGACUUUCGUGUUCGACGAGGAUGGAAGAUGGGUGCGCACCGGUGACGAGGCGGUCGUGACGCUGUCUCCUCUCGGAAACGAGCACAUCGUAAUUGUCGACAGAAUCAAGGAGCUGAUCAAGGUGAAAGGCCACCAAGUCGCCCCAGCCGAACUCGAGGCACAUCUUCUCUCCCAUCCAGCCGUAGCCGACUGCGCUGUGAUCCAAGUACCGGACGACUCCGCCGGCGAGGUUCCUAAGGCAUUUGUGGUCAAGGCACCUGCCUUUGCAGACAAGCCUGAAGAUGAGGUCGUGAAGGCUAUUCUGAAGCAUGUGGAGGAGCACAAGGCAUCGUACAAGUGGAUUAAGGGCGGGAUCGAAUUUCUUGACGUGGUUCCCAAGAGCCCAAGCGGUAAGAUCCUACGCAGAUUGCUGAGGGACCAGGAGAAAGCUUCGAGGACCAAGAAAGGUCCAAAGCUGUAG